CCCUCCUUUUCACCAUGUUUUCCUCCCUCCUCUUCACCAUAUUCUCCUCCCUCCUCUUCACCAUCAUCUUCUCCCUCCUCUUCACCAUGUUUUCCUCCCUCCUCUUCACCAUCUUCUCCUCCCUGCUCUUCACCAUUUCACCAUGUUCCUCCCUCCUCUUCACCAUCUUCUCCUCCCUCCUCUUCACCAUCUUCUCCUCCCUCCUCUUCACCAUGUUCUCCUCCCUCCUCUUCACCAUCUCCUCCCUCCUCUUCACCAUGUUCUCCUCCCUCCUCUUCACCAUCUUCUCCUCCCUCCUCUUCACCAUAUCCUCCUCCCUCCUCUUCACCAUGUCCUCCUCCCUCCUCUUCACCAUCUUCUCCUCCCUCCUCUUCACCAUCUUCUCCUCCCUCCUCUUCACCAUCUUCUCCUCCCUCCUCUUCAUCAUCUUCUCCUCCCUCCUCUUCAUCAUCUUCCUCCUCCUCUUCACCAUCUUCUCCUCCCUCCUCUUCACCAUCUUCUCCUCCCUCCUCUUCAUCAUCUUCUCCUCCCUCCUCUUCAUCAUCUUCUCCCUCCACCUGUGCCAGACUUGAGCCAGACCUGUGCCAGACCUGUGCCAGACCUGAGCCAGACCUGAGCCAGACCUGUGCCAGACCUGAGCCAGACCUGAGCCAGACCUGUGCCAGACCUGUGCCAGACCUGAGCCAGGCCUGUGCCAGACCUGAGCCAGGCCUGUGCCAGACUUGA